AUGAAUCCCGAAUAUCCAUCAGAUCAACCCGAACACGAAUCAGCCUUCUUCAACAGCGACUGGAUUACUCCUCCCUUAACGCAGCCUGCUGCAUUCGACUUCCCUCUCGACUCGCUUCCGGAGCGUGAUGAUUUGGUCACCAGCGACCGGCCAAAGACCAAAGUCGCGAUCCCUCGAAUUACUACCGCGAGUGCCUGGCCUAGCAGUAGUCGAGUUAGUCGGGCCUGUGAGAACUGCCGCGAACAAAAAGCUAAAUGCAGCGGACACCGUCCCGCCUGUCAUCGUUGCAAGGAGGCCGAUGUCCGGUGUUCGUACGGGGAUCGGAAGCGGGAAAAGAUGGCCAAGCAGCUCAGGGACCUAACCACACAGGUGGAAACCUACGAAGCUCUCUUGCAAGACCUCUAUCCCAGACUAGAUACCCCAUCGGCCCUCCAUGUGGAUCAAGCCCUGAAGGAGCUUUCGGUUUCUUCUAAGCCCCACGCCGUCACCCAAGACACAGCCCUCGCCCUCGGGGCCAUCGACUACACCGAAGAAGACUUUAAUCGCGAUGAGAAACUCCAGGCCAUGGGAUUUGUGGGUGAGCACUCAGAAAUGUCUUGGUUGUACAGACUCAAACGAGACCUGGACCAAGACACGAAGACGCCGACUAGCGACAGAUUCGAUCGGCCUUCCAUCUCCUCAGUCAACUACUUUCAAGACGACUCCAAACUUCCAGUACUCGAAGACGUGGACCUUCGAGCAUGCCCUCCUCAACACGUCGCUCGUCAGCUCGUCGAUAGCUAUUUUCAUACGGUACAUCCCACCUUUCCGAUCGUUGGCAUGACCACAUUUCUCGGACAGUACAACUCCUUCUAUACGAACCCCAACGUGCAACCUGGAAAACGAUGGCUGGCUAUAUUGAAUUUGAUAUUUGCUAUCACAGCGAGGCAUUCUUUGUUGAUGGGCCAGCCGCCCCACCUAGGGGUGGAGAGCUAUUUGGUAUACUUUACGCGGGCGUGGCGACUCGGGAUUGACAAUGUGGCGUUACUUUCACAUCCGAACUUACAGCAAGUCCAGGUCGAGGGUUUGGCAGCUUUCUACCUUCUGUCUGUCGGACAAGUCAACAGGUCAUGGAUUAUUCUUGGUGUCGCGAUUCGAUCAGCGGUGACGAUGGGGCUCAACCUCCGUAGCGAGAGCAACGUUAUUGGACAUCUUUCGAAGGAAAUAAGAUAUCGGGUGUGGUGGGCGCUUUUUAUGUUGGAUACCGUGCUAUGCGUUAUGACUGGCCGACCGCCCAGCACCAGCGAGACCUUUUGCUCUACACCUCUACCAUUGCCGUAUACCGAGGAGGAAUUCAGCGAUGAGCGCAUCAUGCGACUGAUCACUGAUCAACAAGCCCGACAUGCUUUCAUGACUUCUCUCCUCUCCUCGGAGCCUGCAUUCGCGUUGAAGGAGAACCUUACCAGUCGCAUUCGUUUCGGCCAGUCGGAGAGCGAAGGAAAGGAGGCCGAGCAGGUUGCUCAGGUUCUUGCGCCCAAUAUUUCGCUAUACUUUCUAUACGCCGUGGACUUGGCGUUUCUCACCCGCGAGGCAGUAGACACUCUAUACGCGCCUCGUGCGACGCGGCAAUCAUGGCGAGAAAUCGAAAUUCAGAUAUUCACCCUGAACAGCAAUGCGGACCGAUGGCUCUCUCGUCUUCCAACAGAAUUCCAUUUCGUUGAACUCGAUGCAACGCAUCCAUUCGCUCGAGAGCGUGCCAGCUUAGCCUUUCGGUUUUACACCACCAAACUGAUUAUUUCCCAGCACUGCCUGCGCCGCCUCGCUAAUCUAUCCAGCGGGGCUUCGCCCGGAGCUGUUUGUGAUACCAUGGCCGCUAUGUGCGUCCAAGUCGCAGGGCAGAUUCUCGAUCUUCUACCCGACGAGGUGGAUACGGCCUGGCUAUACAAGGUUUCGCCAUGGUGGUGUAUUCUUCACCAUAUCAUGCAAUCCAGCACCAUUCUCUUAAUCGCGCUAUCCACACAAACCCACCCCGCCAUAGCCGAAUUGAGUAAUAUUGCAGAGAAGGUGAAAAAGGCCACGCGGUGGUUGAAUGAGAUGUCUGCCAACGAUCCCUGCUCACAGCGAGCUUUGCUUAUAUAUAGGGAUCUACUCACUCGCCACGCAUCAAAAUUUGGAUUGGAAAUUGACAUUGGGCCCUAG